CGUUCUCGGUUUCCCCCGUUCCUCUCUGCCCGCCGGGAGCCGCGCUCCGAGCCUGACCCCAGCCCGCAGUGCUGCCGCCAGCCCAGGGGGGACCGCGGCGGGGCGCAGUGCUGAGGGACACUGAGUAAAUUAGAGCUGUAGCGAACAGCAGGAACAGAUUGAGUGGGAUCGUGAUUUUUUAACCUUAUCAAGAGUUUUCAGUCCUGUUUUCAAAACGGGCUUCUGUUUCAUUCCAGAGAAGCCGUGUCCUCGUUUCUGUAUGAAUGUUCCAAGUUUAUUUCAUUUUGCAUUCUUGCUGAGAGGGGUGCAAACACCAUCAUGGACACGGUGGAUUUUGAGGAAGCAGCAGCUCUCUCUGCCCAGCCUUCCCUUGCUUCAGGCAGCAAGAAAAAGGAACUCUUUGAAUCUCCUUGAACUAAGUGAGGCAGAAUUAGAAGAACAGUUUGUAAGAGGUGAUGGUCCAGGAGGUCAAGCCACAAAUAAGACAAACAACUGUGUUGUCCUGAAGCAUAUUCCAUCUGGGAUUGUAGUGAAGUGUCAUCAGACAAGAUCAGUGGAGAAGAACCGAAAGAUUGCCAGAGAAAUCCUUCAGGAAAAAGUUGACCUUUUCUACAAAGGUGAAGACAGUGAUGUUUUUAAGGAGAAGAAAGCAGUAGAGAAGCAAAAGCAGGAGAAAAAAAGAAGAGCAAAGGAAAACCUAGAAAGGAAAAAGCUUUUCAAAGAGAUGCAGCAAUUGGAUAAGGAAUAAACACGUGAAAUACUGACUUGCCCUAGCAGGCACCCUCACCAGUUGCCACCAUGUUUUGGCCUUCAACAAAGACCCAAAGCCAGAGUAUGGAUUUUGAAGGCAACAGAGACUUCUAGAACUUCACCUCCUUGUCCAGCUGUACCCUGUGCCAUGGAUGGAGUGCUCCAGCAAUCUGCAGUCCCCUUCCCUUGUCCUUUCCUAAACUUUUAUCUGUUGACAGUUCUUGCUCCUGGAGUGUGAUUAAAGUGACUGUACAUAGUUUUAAUACAAACUGUUAAUGAAAAUAAGCUUUAUUACGUCAAGUAAUAAAUACAUACAAAGAUGCAAAUAACA